AUUCCAUUGGGAUCAACGUUUAUGUAUGCUCGCGAACUUGUCAGAGCUUGCGAUAAGACUGCUGACGGUCGAAUUACAUUUCCAGAGUUUGAGGCGUUUGUUAAAGAAAAGGAAAAGGAGCUUCUCCAACUGUUUCAAGAGAUUGACUCUGGAAACGACAAUGUUAUUCAUCUUACCGAGCUACUGUCGUCUGUGCGUGCUGCAGGUAUUGAUGUCUCUGAGCAGGAGCUACAGCAAUUUAUAGAGCAUGUGGACAAGGGAAACGAUGGUGUUAUUGAUUUCUUUGAAUGGAGGGAUUAUUUGCUCCUACUUCCUCAGAAAACAACACUCACAAACGUAUUUAAAUUCUUUAAUACUCUACCUAAUGUGGAUCUUAAUGCCGAUGCUGUUCCAAUACCAGAUCAUAUAUCUGUACCUGGAUUUUCUGCUCGUCUAAAGUAUUUUUUGGCUGGUGGAAUCGCUGGCGCAGUGAGUAGAACAGCAACUGCACCACUUGACCGUCUAAAGGUGUUGCUACAAACUCAAACGUUUAGGCCCCGUACAUCAUAUCUAGAGUUAUUGCUUUCGUCUGUACGAAAAAUCUAUCAAGAUGGAGGUAUACUGUCGUUUUACCGUGGAAAUGGGCUCAAUAUUGUCAAAAUCAUUCCCGAGUCUGCCUUGAAAUUUUUUAUUUUUGAAUACGUCAAGGACAUCAUCCGAAGCAGAUCAGAUUCACCAACAUCAGAUAAUGCACUUGGUGUUGGUGGUCGUUUUAUUUCCGGUGGAAUUGCAGGACUGGUAUCCCAGUUUGCAAUUUAUCCUAUAGAAACGACCAAGACACGAAUGAUGGCGCAAAUUACAAAUGGUGCGCCUCAUAAACUUGCAAGAUUAGAAUCUAUCGGUCAAUUGCACAAGGAUUCGACAAUAUAUGACACUGUGCGACAUAUGUGGACUGAGGGUGGUAUUCGGGCAUUUUAUCGAGGCUGCAUUCCCGCACUUGUCGGGAUUGUACCUUAUGCGGGAAUUGAUUUGGCGGUGUUUGAAACCUUGAAGCAGUCGUACAUCUCAUGGAGUCGAUCUCGAGAUCCUGCAAACUUUCCAUUUGGAUCCACUCCUCAUCUUAGUACGCCUGUUAUUCUAAUGUUUGGCAUGAUAAGUGGAACGUGUGGUGCGGUACUUGUAUACCCGCUCUCUCUUGUACGAACUAGGUACCAUCCGACAUUUUACAGAAACUCAUUUGACGUGGUUAAAAAGACAUUUGUAAAGGAAGGCAUGCUCGGCUUUUAUAAAGGUUUAAUCCCAACACUAUUCAAAGUACUUCCUGCCGUUUCAAUCAGCUACUGGGUAUAUGAGAAAUCAAAACGAGCUUUGAACCUGCCCUAA